CAGGUGUUCGUCGUCGUUUGAAGGCGGAUGCGUUGUGGAAUAUCCGUUGAAAACCGUUUCAUUUCUCACCGAGGAUUUCAGCUCGAUUCUAGGAGGCAAUUGGAGCUGCAAACUUCGCGUGUACAAGAAGAUUAUAAUUAUAUAUGUCUACUCAUCUAUGCGAAUGUGUAUAUGCAUUGAAGAAGCCGAGAAGGUGAAUCGCCAGAAUUUAGGGCUUCAGGUGAUCUUGAUCAGUGCACAUCAUCAUGUCGGUAAAACCAACAGUUGUGUUGAGAGCCAUACUCGUUGGGGGAGUCGCAGCCUUCGCCAAAAUUGGAGGAGCAAUGAAAGCUGCAGGCGGAGCAAAGAUUGGCGCUGCAGCAGCGGCCAUGACAGCAGCAGCAACAGCAACAGCUGCUGUUUCCGGAUCCAAACAAGAUCCAAUUGUCUCUAUAUGUUAUAUACAUGGUUGGAUAUGUGUACUGAAAGACAAAAGAGGUAUUUUAUUUGACUUGUCAGAUUAUGAUUCAUUAAAUUAAU